AUGGCUUCUCCUCCGACGACGAAACGAAAACCUAGUGGUAUAGUUCAUCUGUUAGCUAAAAGAGAGCUAUCUGGCCAAGCAAAAGGAGCACGACAGCUUCAGUCGUGGGCAGAGAAGAAAUCACUCCUCCGACAUGGCAGGUUUAUUCCACAACCUUUGCCACACUAUCCCGGGAUAGUUAGGGCUAUGGCCUUUAGCCCGGAUGGGAAGACUAUUGCAUGCGCAGAUUCGAACCACUCAUUAAGGCUAAUAGACUGUGAGACUGGAGACACCAUGAGAUUGAAAAUUCAUUGCAGAAUUAAACCUAAUGUGGUCAAGUUCCACCCAUUGUAUCCCGAAAUUGUAGUAAGUGCAGGGGACUCGGAAGUUUGUUGGUGGGAUACAAGUCAAGGAACGCGCCUAAGAUCGCUUAGCUUUGGUGGUAUCAUAUAUUCGAUGGAUUUUCAUUCCGAUGGGGAGAUUCUGGCCGUAGCUGCCGGCAGAAAGCUAUAUUUGUGCAAUUACACUAGGGACGGGCCUAUCGGACCAACGAUUAUUGUAUUGCAAGCACCCGAAAUAUUCAAUGGUGUCUAUUUCAAUCCAUGUCUGCCCUUAAUUCUUACGAUUGAGCAUACUCCUUGCACAGUUUCGGAGCUCUCGGUACUCGACAAUCUGCCCCGUGACGUGCAGUACCCCACUCCAUUUACAUACAAAGUCUGUGAACAUGAGUUGGGCAUGGACACUCCUCUCUCCGUCAUUCCAUGUUUUAUGUACCGGAAUAAUUCCGGUCGAUAUCAGUUUGUACCCUCUUUAUUAGAGAAAGUGGAUGUUUGGUUCCGCUAUUGGCCACAUCACCAAGUUCCAUUUGAAGACAGAGAGUUCAACUCACGUCUCACAAUGCAGCUUAGAAUAUGGCGACAUGAUAUGAGAAAUCCCCAGACCCCUCUUGAUGCACCACGGCUAACAAUUCCGCAUGUCGUACUCCAAAGUUCCAUGGGUGCCCAUAUUUCACCAUGUGGAAGAUUUCUAGCUGCAUGUGUUGCAUGUCUUUCACCAAAACCAGACUUGGAUGAUCCACGACCUCAACGAGUUAUAUAUGAGCUCAGGAUCUACUCACUUGAAAAAAAUACAUUUGGCUUAGUCUUGGAAUCUGGGGCCAUAAGAGAUGCUCACUGUUUGACAUCUAUACAAUUUUCUCCCACAUCUCAUCAUAUGGUACUUGCGUAUGGUGCGCAACAUGGUCCAGUACGAAGAAAUUACGUUAUCGAUGGAGAUGAAAGAGUAACAGUCCACACAAUUUUAGAGAUAUAUACUGUUCCAGGGUUGAAAAUUGUGAAGGUUCUCCCUUGUGCCGUCGAUAGAGUCGUUGCAGCAUGUUUCCACCCUUCGGUGGGUGGUGGUCUGCUAUAUGCCACCAGCAGUAAUAAGAAGCUCAGAAUGAUGAACUCUUUGUUCUGGCAGGAGCAGCUGCUGCGUUUUCUGAGGGAUGGGAUUAGCAGAAUUUUCUUUAGAGUAAAUGUUUCAACUCAAGUUUGA